CGUAUUCUUUCACUCGAACAGUUUCGUCUCCUCCGGCUGUUAUCGUUGACGGCGCCGUCUGUGAGAGCCCUCUCCCAUUUGCAACCUCGCCUCCGAUCUCCCUAGCACCCACCGCCAUGGCGAAAUCUCUGGUAGAAGAGACGAAGCGCAUAACUGCGCAGUUCGAAUACACAGACGACGAUGUGAAUAGGGGUGUAUUGGAGUUUUUACGUCAAAUGAACGAGGGCCUACAGAACGAUGGUACUAGUUUGAGCCAAAUUCCAACCUAUGUCACCGGCGUGCCAAAUGGCACUGAAAAAGGGUUAUAUAUGGCCGUCGACUUGGGAGGCACCAACUUUCGAGUCUGUUCGGUUCACCUAAAUGGUGACAGCACCUUCGACCUGACGUACAACAAGGUUGCUAUUCCAAAGGAGUUAAUGGUUGCCAAAACCUCCAAAGAAUUGUUUGGUUUCUUGGCUAAGCAGAUCGAACUUUUUUUGAAAGAACAUCACGAGGAACACUUCGAAGCUCACCAGCGCCGACGAAAGUCCUCGAAGGCCCCCGAAGGCUAUGAGACCGAAAAUUUGUUCCAACUUGGCUUUACAUUCAGCUUUCCCGUCCAACAGUUCGGAAUCAAUAAGGGCUCUCUCAUAAGAUGGACUAAAGGGUUCGAUAUUCCCGAUGCAAUUGGCAAGGAUGUCUGCGCCUUAUUACAAGAGGAAAUCGAUCUACUUCAUCUCCCUGUCAAAGUGGCAGCUUUGGUGAAUGACACUGUUGGUACCCUGAUGGCACGUUCGUACGCAGCGCCCGGGAAAACCUCCACGCUGAUUGGAGCUAUAUUUGGGACCGGAACAAACGGAGCCUAUGUCGAGAAGAUCACAAACCUACAAAAGUCAGUCGACGGUGACUAUAACAAAUCGACUGGUGAAAUGGUAAUAAACACAGAGUGGGGGUCAUUUGACAACCAGCUCAAUGUAUUACCCAGUACGCCCUACGAUAAAAAGUUGGACCAGGACAGCGUCAACCCGGGCAUCCAGAUCUUUGAGAAAAGAGUAUCGGGAAUGUUCUUGGGUGAGAUUGCCCGCCUUGCCAUUCUCGACUUAUACGAGAAACCUACCCUCUCCCUAUUCAAGGAUGCCAAUUCAAACAAUAAUGACGGCAAAGCUACCUCACGUGUCGGUGAGGGAUCGGGCUUAUUCCAACAAUGGGGUCUUGACAGCUCUUUGAUGUCAAUUGCCGUGGGUGAUACCACUCCCGACCUUUCAAGUCUCCGGAAAGAACUGGAGUCUGAGCUCCAAAUCCGCUCUGCCUCGGUCGAAGAGGCUCAAGCUUUCAAGGAUAUUGCAUAUGCCAUCGGCCGCCGAGCCGCGAGACUUUCUGCCGUGGCCUUGGGCAGCAUCGUCAUCCAGAGCGGCAGGCUUACGGAGACGAAAGAUGAAUCCGUGGACAUUGGGGCUGACGGCAGUCUGGUCGAAUACUACCCGUCUUUCCGAGACAUGAUCUAUGAAGCCUUCAAGAUCAUUAAGGACAUUGGUGCCGAAGGCGCGGACCGGAUCAAGAUCGGCAUUGCGAAAGACGGCAGCGGUGUCGGUGCGGCCUUGAUCGCGCUGGUGGCGGCGAAUAUGGAGGAGGAAGAGACAAAAGACACGCUUGCGGCUCUUAAGAAUGCGACCGCUCAGAAGCUUGCUGGCGCGAUACCCUCUGUCGGCGCAUCAACGACAUUGGCAUGAGAAGGGAUGAUAGAUAUACAGGCUACCCGGUUUUUGUAGUAUACAAGCAUGUAUUGAUGACCUAAUGCACUUUUCAUAUCUAAAGAAUUCAUUCACAUUUCAAGAUAAUCAGAGUCUGCCUGUAACAG